ACAGGAAUGGCGAUUGUAAAUGAAUUUGCAUCCGUCUUGGUGGCAGCCAUCGCUGUGCUGGGCACGGUUAAUGGUCGUAUUUAUCAGACAAGCCACUCCAUCGUUUUCGAAAUCGACCGGACGUGGGAUGGCGCUUUUCUAGCAAAACAUUUCCCAUUUAGUCAAUGGGAUUUCAUGCCAAUCAAAUCUUUCAUGAAUGGUGGUGUUGUCCCUAACUGGCAAAUCCCUUUGGUUGAGCCGACCCCCGAAGUUAAUUCGUACAGCAUCGGCCUGCCUCCGCAACAAGGGCCGACGUUUUACAGCUGGUUGCACCAUCCGUUCGUGUACGGUGGAGCCUAUGCUGUUCCAGCAAUCGAUUCUAGAACCGGCCCGAUACUCAAACAAGAAUCCAAACAGAACAUUCCUUGUGGCGCUGGGCCUACUGGGGAUCGCAUUGUCAAUGGCGAGGAAGCUAAACCGAAUUCUUGGCCUUUCAUUGUAGGAUUCACAUUGCCUGGCAAUAACGGGAUUAUUUGCGGUGGAUCAUUAAUUUCGGAGACUAAAAUUCUGACAGCGGCCCAUUGUUUCGAGAAACUGUCCAUGUAUAUGUUGUCGCAAAUGGUUGUCAAACUUGGAAUGCACAAGCGUAGAGAGGAUGCAGACAAUCCCGAUGACGCACAAAUGACAAGAAGAAUCAGCCGCAUGACACUUCAUAAAGCAUACAACUCCAAAACAAAUUACUACGAUAUCGCUAUUGUCACAAUGGACGCACCUGUCGCUUUCUCCAAAGCCAUUUCGCCCGUUUGCUUGGCACCAGGAAGCAGUGAGCCCGAUGUCUACGCCGAAGAAACUGCCUACAUCAUGGGAUGGGGAGCGAUAGAAUCCGGGGGUGCGGGUCCGGUAAGCUUAAAGCAAGCUACCGUUCCGAUCAUAACGAACGAGAAGUGCAAGGAAAUCUACACAGAAGCUGGCGAAAUUGUCAACCAUAUGCUGUGUGCCGCUAGUGACGCCGCCGAUACGUGCCAAGGUGACAGUGGCGGUCCGCUCGUCGUGAAAACUGAAGACGGUUUAUGGACGCAAGCUGGCAUCGUCAGUUUUGGAAAGGGAUGCGCGAAUGCCGAUGCCCCUGCAGGUGUUUACACGAGAGUGAAUUGGUUAAGGGGAUGGAUUAACGGAAACAUGAAGAAUUGAUCGGCGUCCUUAUUUAUGUACAUCGUCACGCGUUUCAAAGGCUACGACACGAGCCGGAAAAAUGGCCAACGAUUUUCGGAAAAACGAUUAACUCUGAGAUU